GUUAGUACAAGAUUAGAAAGGAGGUCAGAAACAUGAUAGUACACCUUCCAAGACAGUAGAGUGGAUCUAAACUUCGUUUUUUCUUUCUCUGGUACAACAACGAAGCGCAAGAAAAAUGCGGCAGCCGGUGCCUCGGGCACACCUUACGACAGGGCGUUCUUUUCUGUUGCAAUUGCGGUCUUUUGCUCGUCAGUCGAAGGGAAGUGCCAUCCGACAGAAGGCCGAUAAGAGCCGGCUAAGCAGCCUGGACCGCGAGCACCAGAAAACUAAAAGACUGGCGGUCGACGCCCUGGAGACGCGGAACGAGUGGAGCACGACCAGGGACCCCGGUGCCACGGACGCCGCGGAGAAAUACGCAAAAGCAGUGUCGCGGCGAUCGCAAUUCGAGCUUCCGGAGGCACCCAGUGGCGUGCGCAAGAGAAGUUUGGCGCAGCUCGGUGGAGGCGAAAACAGAAGUUCCUCCUCGUCGUCAUCUUCGAGUGUACUAACCACUGCGCAAAGUGGUCGCGCACCGAGUCAGCGGUCCGUCGGAGACAUCACCGACGCGGAGAUCCGCGGAAUCUUUCCCGCCGACGUGCUCUCGUCUCCGUAUCCUGCGGCGAGCCGGCUGGUGAAGCGUCCACAUCUCUGGAUGGACAGCUGCAUGCCAGGGGAAAGCGCUGAAGAUGAGCACGGGGACGAUUCCGACAGCAGACUAAAAGAGAUCGCCGAAUGCGAAGCGGAGUUACAGCGGCUUGGAGCUGGUGGUGGUGCAACUACAACAACUGGGAGCGACCACACUGAGACCAACGAUGUUGACCUCGCGUACACGGACCUAAUCGACGGCGACGACGAUGCAUUGGUCGACCAAGCAUCCUCGACGUCUUCGCGCAGUGCGGCAAAGAGCGAUUACAACACGCGAGAACAACAAGAAAUCGUGGUUCCCAAGUUGGCCGACGUGGGUAAGUUCGAGCGGUUUUCCCGUGACGACCUACUGGAGCUGCUGCCCGAGGGUUUGGGUGGGGAGCUGUCGCGUGACCUGAUUUUGAUUCCAAGCCAAACAAAAGAUGUCGGUUUUAUGCUGCGUAAGCCGACAGUGGAGAUCCUGACACAAAUGGCCUACCUGCAAAAAGACGCAGAACAGGUCUUCGAUAAGAACAGUGGAACAGGCGGACCUCCACAGGAUUCGACAUUAGACGGAGUGUUCGACGUGCGAAGUAAAAAUUACGGAAAGAGGAAUUUCUUAUCCCCGCCACAUCGAAAUCGGGCCGCCUUAAUUUCUUCCCGCGCAGGGUGGCUGUUGGAAGGGAAGAAGGGUGUCGGGAAGAGCGCCGUUUUGAAUCACGUGGUCGCGUGGGCCCGGAGGAACGGGUGGCUGGUCGUUUUCGAACCGUUCGCUGCAAAUUAUGCGAAGGAAAUUUCGGACAUUGCCCGGUCCUCCAACUCCGGCAUCUACGUGCAGAACUCCCACGCGAGACGGUUUCUGGAGCGGACUUUGUUGAAAAACGCGGAAUUCUUCGAGCAGAUUCCGGUCGACCUCGCCGUGUACGGCAGGGCCUGUGUGGACGGGGAACCCAGCGGAAAAGUGCACCAGGUCUACGACGAGCUCAUCCAAAAAGCGGUGGACAAAGAGCUCGGCGCUAGUACUGCGGGAGAAGAUCAUGCGAAUACCUCCUCCUCGUCCUCAACAGUGGAAAGGAAUCGCGAGCGCCUACGGUGCUUCGAGAAGUACCGCAGGCGGGUGGUCCUGCCCUCGCUCAAGGCGCAGCUGCCCGAGCCCGAGAACCUGUACCAAAUAGUGCAGUUCGGGCUCGACCACGAAACCUGGGCCACGCAAGCGGUGGCGGAGCUGAUGCGGCAGCUGCAGGUGCAGACAAAGUUCCCGGUGCUGGUCUGCGUGGACGAGUGGAACGAGUGCUUUCCCGUCUCCGAUUUUGUUUCCAUGCGGUACGACGGCACCAGAUUCGGCGGCUACAUCCCGGCGUACCACUUGUCCAUGUGCCGGCGGUUUUGCGAUUUCGACGGGCACCGGUUCAUAUCAAAUGCAAAAAUGUCUGGGUCUGGAAGAUUUUGAAAUUUGUCAUGCUUGUCUGGCAUGACCAAAAAGUUUGUGAUGUGUGUCCAAGAAGAGACCCUUUUGCCUGUCAUACAAAAACGCAGUCUGUCAUGCGAGAAACGCAACACAAAGAAGCGCAGAUAUUUCUCAUGCUUGCCUGUGCAUUACAGAGCAUUCACUAUUCCCAGCGCAGCAUUACAAGUUUCCAGACCCAGACAUUUUUGCAAUGCAUAGUUCAAGCGCGGGCUGAAGCUGUACUCGACGUCCUGGUACCGGAUGAACCGGCGGGAUUACCGCCCGGAGCUCUUGGGUGUGAAGCCGGAAAGCAUCAAGCAGGUGCGCGAGUUCUCCCCGUUCGAGUUUGCAAACUACUGUGCGUAUUUCCGGUUACAGAACAUUACCUACAACUUUCCGCGGGAGAAGCUCGAGCAGUUCUGGAUGCUCACCCAAGGAAAUGGGUGGCAGGCACGCAGAACGCUCAGUAUGCUGUACUAGUUGUAGUAGAGCAGCGAACAUGUUGUGCAGCGUCCUCGAAGUAGACUCGAGUUGUUGGGAGCGAGGAAUUCUUGCGUAUGGUCCUCUCGGACGACUGACACCACUGUCGUGUGAAAGGAACGUGCGCCCUCUGCUUUCGUUCUUCCGCCGUUUGGCUCAACGAUCAUGGCCGUCUUGCGCGACAAUGAGUGUUGGCCAUUAGGCGCUCCCGUUCGUCUUUGAACGAUUUUCC